AUGCUAGACGAGCAGCGCAGACGAGUAGAAAAAGCUGUGACCGAUUUGAUAAAUGAUUUAUAUAAGAGUCAUUUAAGAAAAAUGCAGUCUGACAUGCAUUCGUGUGCUGUCCGUUGCUGCGAUGAUAUAAGAAAACAACCACGUAUGGACAAUGUACAAAGUUGCAUCGAUGAAUGUGCAACUCCCUUGCUAAAAGCCCAAGAUUACAUGCAACAUGAAUUGGGACAAUUUCAAGUACGUUUGCAACGUUGUGUGAUGCAAUGCAAUGAGGACGUACGCAGCCUAAUCCCUAACAAUACAAAUGAAGCGGAUAUGGCGCGUUUUCGUAAUCAGUUCGAACGUUGUACUAUACAAUGCGUUGAUAAACAUAUAGAUCUCAUACCAAACAUGAUGAGAGCUAUGAAAUCUGUUUUAUCAAGCGGUCCAAACGCUAUGCGUCAGGCUUAA